GAGGGUCGAGUUUGGCGCGCCCACGCAGUGCAGGGGAAGGAGGAUAAAAGCUCAAAUUAGUUUAACUUUUUAAACAUUUGACUUUCGCGUCUUCUCCUGCGUGCAGGUGUGCGUGCUGCUGCGCCACCCGGAGAGAAACCAACUUUUAAAAAAAACUUCUAAGCGAUUAUCCAUCCUGAUUUUUCUUUCCUCCCAGAAUUUCCUUUUCCGCGGUUUGCUUUAGAUCUAUCUUCUUGCUCCACUUUCCUUUGAAUUUUCACCGAUACACCCUCAUUGCCUUCAUGGCGACGGUUUCUCCUCUCGCCAAGUACAAGCUCGUCUUCCUCGGCGAUCAAUCCGUUGGUAAAACCAGCAUUAUCACCCGCUUCAUGUACGACAAGUUUGAUACCACCUAUCAGGCUACAAUUGGAAUUGACUUCUUGUCCAAAACAAUGUACCUUGAAGAUCGAACAAUUCGGUUGCAGCUUUGGGAUACUGCUGGACAAGAAAGAUUUAGGAGUCUCAUUCCAAGUUACAUAAGAGACUCCUCUGUUGCAGUAGUAGUCUAUGAUGUAUCUAAUAGACAAUCGUUCUUGAACACCACCAAGUGGAUUGAGGAGGUACGAACAGAACGGGGUAGUGAUGUGAUCAUUGUUCUUGUUGGGAACAAAACUGAUCUUGUUGAGAAAAGGCAAGUUUCAAUCGAAGAAGGUGAUGCCAAAUCACGGGAGUUUGGAGUCAUGUUUAUAGAAACUAGUGCCAAAGCUGGGUUCAACAUCAAGCCUCUCUUUCGUAAGAUUGCUGCAGCACUGCCAGGGAUGGAAACUCUGUCAUCAACAAGGCAGGAGGACAUGGUUGACGUAAAUUUGAAACCCGCAGUGAACUCAUCCCAGACGGAACAGCAAGGAGGAGGUUGUGCAUGCUAGAUGAUAUAAAAGUUUCUCCUUGGCUAGGCUGUUCACGUUACAAAUGGUCACAGCUCUUGUGAAAACAGUCCAUUGAAUCAUCCCCAACUGUAGUCCAUAUGGAAUUUAUGUACUUCGUUCCUCGACAUUUCUAUGAUAUUAUGAACUUAUCAUUGAGUCCUUUUCAUCUUGUUAUCAUACUCAUCCGUUCAUGAAAAUGAGGAUGAAUAGGUAAAUGUAUUGGCAUAGAUGCUGCACAGUCCCAUGACCAAUCUUAUCCACAAGAUGCUCCCAAGUCACUAGCUAAGCUUUUAGACAAGAAAUAUAUUGUUAGGAGACUACAACCAGAUUCAUACGAGACCCAUAAUUUGUUGUUUGUAACAC